ACGGUAUCUUCUUUCUGCCUCCCCGCCCCCCCGCUCGGGUGUCAUCCCCUGAGGAGCUCGGAGGGGAGAAACGGAGAUUACUGACCGGAUCCAGAGGAGGGAGACGAACGGGACAUGUCGGAGGACGGGCGGCACUACAGCGCCCCCCAGCAAUCAGGAAUCGUGCAUAAUGGAUUCCGGGGGGAAGGAAGAAAGCAAGGAAGACGGAAAUGGAGACUGAGAAAAAGAGACACGUAUGGAGAACAUGAUGACCGAGUUGGGGGUGGUUUUCCUGUUCGGAAAAAGAAAGGACGAGGUCCAUUCCGGGGAAAGAUGUACAGUGAAGGAAGUCACAAAUCCAGGAAUCGAGGCAGUGGAGGACCCAACCCACGGUCACGGUUCGAGGAUGACGAUGGCGAUGUGACCAUGAAUGACCAUGAGUCACCAAGGUCACGAUUUACACCCUAUGGUCCAAGACCGUCUCGUCGCCCAGACAGCUGGCAUGAUCGUGAUGGAGGGCCCUCAAGCAUUCAAGUUACUGUGAAGCAAAAUUUGGAGAGAAAUGCAAGUGCCAAUACACGGCGAACCUGGUUUAAAAUCACUAUUCCCUUUGGAAAGAAAUAUGAUAAAUCCUGGCUAUUGUCAAACUUGCACAAUAUGUGCAGUGUUCCCUUUACUCCUGUUCAGUUUCACUAUGACGGUAAUAAGGCAGUAUUCUAUGUCGAAGAUUCUACAACUGCUAAUGCUUUAAAACAGAUAUCGAGAAGAAUUGUUGAUAAGGAUUUAUACCGGGUGGCCAUCAUCGUUAGUCCUUCGGUUUCAAAUGAGCUCAAAUCAGAGGAGAUCGAGCACAUAAAGCAGUGUAUGAGUAAACGUUACGAUGGAUCUCAGCAGGCCCUAGACCUAAACAGCAUACGUAGUGACCCAGACCUCAUCUCUCAGAAUAUUGAAGUGGUGUUAAACAGGAGGAGUUCCAUGAGCACAAUCAUCAAAAUAAUAGAGGAGAACAUUCCAGAGUUGCUCUCACUCAACCUGGGCAAUAACCGGCUCUACCGACUGGAAGACCUGGCAGAUCUGAUUACCAAAGCACCUCAUUUGAAAAUUUUAAAUCUUUCCAGAAAUGAGCUCAAAUCUGAAAGAGAUCUGGACAAAAUAAAAGGCUUCAAGCUGGAAGAGCUGUGGUUGGAUGGGAACCCUCUCUGUGACAGCUUCCGGGAUCAGGCUACUUAUGUCAGUGCUGUCAGGGAAAAAUUUCCAAAGUUACUCAGACUGGAUGGCCAUGAGCUCCCACCUCCCAUUUCUUUUGAUGUUGAGACUCCAACCACGCUUCCUUCGUGCAAGGCUAGUUACUUCGGUACAGAUGAAAUCAAAGUGCUUGUGUCACGAUUCAUACAACAGUACUAUUCAGUUUAUGAUUCAACAGACAGGCAGGGACUGCUGGAUGCCUACCAUGAUACGGCUUGCUGCUCGCUCAGUAUUCCAUUUUCUCCACAGAACCCUGCCAGGAGCAGCCUGGGAGAGUAUUUCAAGGAGAGUAGGAACGUGAGGAGACUGAAGGACCCAACACUUCGGGCAAAGUUGCUGAAACACACCAGAUUAAAUGUUGUAGCCUUUCUCAAUGAACUCCCAAAGACACAGCAUGACACAGCCUCCUUUGUGGUGGAUGUAAGCACACAAACAAAUACAUUACUCUGUUUUACUGUACAUGGAGUUUUCAAAGAAGUUGAUAGUAAAUCUAGGGAGUCUGUGAGGGCGUUCUCAAGAGUGUUCAUUGCUGUACCUGCUGGGAAUGCAGGGCUCUGCAUUGUGAAUGACCAGCUGUUCAUCAGGAAUGCCACCACCGAGGAGAUCCGCAAGGCCUUUGUGACACCAGCGCCCACGCCAUCAAGCAGUCCAGUGCCCACCCUCACAGCGCCACAGCAGGAAAUGUUGCAAGCCUUUUCUCAGCAGUCGGGCAUGAACAUAGAGUGGUCACAAAAGUGUCUGCAAGAUAAUGAGUGGGACUUCAGUCAAGCUGCCCAAAUCUUCACACAGCUUAAGGCCGAAGGAAAAAUUCCUGAAAUAGCGUUUGUGAAGCAGCUAUGAAGAAAGCAAGCAUUACACUACCCCUCCUGACUCAAGGCUUUUAAAGCCUUUAGAGCCGGGUCUCUGGAUGACUUUUUUUUAAAAGAAGAGCUAAAUGUUGGUCUAAAAGAUAUAUGUUAAGUAUAAUGUGAAUUUUUCUUGCCAACAAGACUCAUUAUCUUUUUUUAAACUAAUGCACUGCAGUUACUGUUUCUCAGUCAGACCGUGUAAAUGUUAUCCUAGCCCUUGUAGUUUCCUGAUUUCUGUGUAUAGUCUGCGCCAGUGUUUUUCCAAUAGAUUUUUUUUUAAGGGGGGGGAGAAAUGGGGAAAGUUUUGUGAGCUUCAUGAGAAAUUUGGAAGUAGAAAUCUUCCUUACGUUCUAGGUGAUAAUUGGACUUUGUUAGGGUUGGGUGUUGUACAGGACUCUGGGCUUGUUGGCUCCAGUAGUGUGUGGUGAGUAGAGGUAAUCAGGUGAACUUGUUGCCUGUUCUCGACUUGCCAUCACACUACAGACAGAAGGUGGAAUUAUGACCUUUCACCCUUCUCCCUAGGCUGCUUUUAUCAUUUUUUUAAAAUGGUAGGCAUUGUAAACCCACAUUGCUUGAAGCGCUAAGCUGUCUCUGGUGAAUUUGCACCAGAUGGAAGGAAAAGGUCAUGUUAGUCUGGGAAGGGAUGGCAUUUCACCAUCACCUUAGACUGACCAAACGCCCCUGCUUUGUUCAAUAGUCAUUGUGAUAUUUAGCAACUCAAAGCAGUAACCUGCCUAUUUGGUUCCCAACCCCAUCCAAUCAAAUUUAAUAGUUGCUUACCCUUUCUAAGCUUAUCUUCAUUUGUUUCACUCCACCGAGCUGGGCUCUUAUCCCAGAACCCAGGGAACCACCCCCCUGUCCGAGCUCCAGACCUGUGCUGAGGGUGGGGAGUUGACAGACAAUGCUAAACAAACAGGAACUUGUCACCCCUGUUGAUCAGAUUAUCAUAACUUUCAUUUGUUUCCUUCACUAAUUUUGGAAGCCUUUUUCUUAAAUCUCCCUUUAUUCAUAACAAGGUGGAAGCUUUUAAACACAGGCUUGACUUGACAAGCAGCCAUCCCCGUUCUGGUUCCUGGCUGGCUUUGGUCAUGACCCAUCCACUGAGGAGAGGGACUGGUUUUGUCACCCAGGCUGAGCAGGUCACCCCAGCUGUAAAAGGGACCGUCAAAAUGGUGAAGUCUGGGUGUGCACUUUUCUUUUUAAAAGAAACGUACACUACAGUGGCUGCAGUCUUUGUUUUGUGAAUCUACCCCUUGGCCUUAACCACUCAGACCAUCUGCCUUGUAUUUCUUGCCUCCAGCUGCCCCCCACCCCAGCUUGUAGUGGCCACUCUGAAGUGAUAACCUAAUAUGCUCUGCACCAUCAAAUAAUUAUGUCUCUCCAGUGAACUUUCAUGUACAAAUUUCUCCCAGUUUCCUGCUCUUUGGUGUCUUAAUGAAACAGAUUUUUAAGCCAUCUGUUGAGGUCACAUCGCUAGUCGAAGUUUAAUAUCCAUCUGCUUGUGUGGGUCUGCAUAUCCAUCUUCUCAACUCAGCUCAGGAGGUUCCUGUGGGGUCAGGUGCCAAGGAGCUCUGUAGAGCCCUUCGAUUGUCUGUCUUGUGCUGAAUUCCUGCUGUUUCGAGCGGAGCCUAGGCGCUUUCUGUCCUGAAAAGCAGAAAUGAGAGAGUUGCCAGCAUGUUGCUUUGUACAACAGCUGCUUUCAAGUAGUCUGUACCACUGAGACAAAGUCAUACAGACCUGGAAUGUUCUCAACUUGGUACCCUGACUUGUGUUAAGUUGAUCUCAGUUGGAAUGUGGUUUUGGGCGUGGGAAUAGUUGUCAGCUAGGGAAGGGUGGUUGGGUGGGCGAGGGGGUAGUUGUUAGGCUGAGGAAGGGUGGGGGUUUGUUAGGCUAGGGAAG